AUGGCUACUCUUCAAGGCUUGUCGAGGGUUAGACUUGUUCCUAACAAGAACUACAAGAGAUCUGGCAUCAAAUCCUAUGUUUACCUUCUCAACAAAUGGGGCUUCGAGCCCACUCUACCUGGUCCAUACUUUCAGAUGAACAAGGCUACCGAGAGGGAAGCUACCUACCACAAGUUUGGACACAAAUCCCACCACCACAAACGUCACUUGGCAAAAAAGACUCCUACUGGAGAAAAUGGGGAAGUUCCAGCUCAAGACCAACAAAACGACUCCGAGUAUCUCUGCCCUGUGCAGAUUGGUACACCAGCACAAACUCUGAUGCUUGAUUUCGAUACCGGAUCGUCCGAUCUAUGGGUCUGGUCUACAGAACUUCCAAAAUCCACAACUUCCAAGGCAACUGGGCACACAAUUUUUGACCCAACAAAGUCAUCCACCUUCAAAGCUUCCAAAUCAUCCAAAUGGCAAAUUUCGUAUGGUGAUUCUUCGUCUGCCUCCGGUACCGUUGGAACGGAUACUGUAACUAUCGGUGGACUUGCGAUCAAGAACCAGGCAGUUGAGCUUGCGACCAAGUUGUCUGCUCAAUUUGAAGAUGGCGCAGGUGAUGGAUUGCUCGGCCUUGCAUGGGGCAGUAUCAAUACUGUCACACCUGAGCCAGUUGCUACACCCGUCAUGAACAUGAUUACCCAAGAAGACAUUCCAAAAGACGCGGAACUUUUCACCGUCAACCUCGGUAGCUGGCGUGAUGCCGAAGAUCCCGACAAGGGAGAGAGUUUCUACACAUUUGGCUAUAUUGACAAAGAUAUUGUUGGCAGCCAAGAGAUCUCCUAUACCCCCAUUGACAACUCCCAAGGAUUCUGGAUGUUCGAUUCUACGUCCGCUACCGUAAAUGGCAAGACCAUCACACAGGAUAAGAACCAGGCUAUUGCUGAUACCGGAACUACUCUUGCUCUCGUUUCCGACGAAACUUGCCAGGCUAUCUAUGAUGCUAUCCCAGGCUCUACCUAUGACCAGACACAACAAGGCUACACUUUCCCAAGCAGCACCAGCGCCGAUGACCUCCCCGUCGUCACGUUUGCUGUCGGCGGCAAACAAUUUGCAGUCCAAAAGGAAGAUUUGGGAUUUGCUGAUGCGGGUAAUGGUAUGGUUUAUGGCGGUAUCCAAUCUCGCGGUUCGAUGACCUUUGAUAUCCUCGGUGAUACCUUCCUCAAAGGAAUCUACGCUAUCUUUGACCAAGGUAACGUCCGAUUUGGAGCCGUUCAAAGAAACGAACCUACACAGAAUACAUCUGCUCCUCCUUCUUAG